AUGCAAACGCACGGGAACUUGACGGCGAGCUACCUCUGGCAGCCAGGGGAGUUCGCCCGUCGGAUGCUGGGCGAGCGCCCGUCGCCGGUGCCGCCCACCAGGGACCUCUGGCCGCCGCCGCAGCAGCCGCUGAGCAUCAGCACCCUCCACGUAGCCUACAUGCAAGAUGAACUGCCGCCCAGGAGAUCUGCUACGUUGCCGCUUCAACCUUACGCACCCACUAUCAUACCAGUUGACCAAGAUCAUCCCAGACCUCGAGUAUGCACAGUUGGAACGAACACAGAUCCACCUUCUACUAUACUCUCCAGACUGAACAGUCUGUUUAAAAAGCAGGAAGAAGUACCCAUUGGCCAUCCGCCUCCCGGUCGACUCAAAGCCAUUCCAAGAGAAACGGUGCUCGACGUGAAAGAAGAUGAGAAUGCAGCUAAGAAAGCAUUCAACGGACUGAAGAAAGCUAUAUCAGGGGCAAAGUAUCGUAUCGCUCCCGGUACGGAGACGGUGGAGAGCCCAAAGAUUGUGUAUGAUAUGCCGAAACCAGGCGAUAGGAUGACGACUACUUUCGGAGCUAGAGAACCCAGACGAUGGUGGAAGUUGCCUUCGAAGGAAGCUUGCGCUCGGCGUCUCCGCGGCAUGGGCAGCUGGUGCCAGCGGCGCCCGCGACGGCCGUCCCGGCGGCAGUCGCAGCCGCCUCGGCUGCAAAUCACUCAGGUGUGACGACCCACAAGACUAGAGGACUUUAACGCCCUAAGUAAGAAUAUUGCUAGCCCUAAUGUAUCUGUGAAAAUAUCAUUGUACUAAAGAUAUAAGUGCUAACAUUUUUGUGAUUUUUUCAUUAGUGUGAUCGAAGUUUAAGUAGUGUUUCGGCUAAUAAAUGUGUUUCUGUAA